AUGGAAAACCAAUACUCAAUCAACACAGAUGAGAUACGUCGUAGAAGAAAUGCGAAAAAGGCAAUUCAUUUAAAUGUCUUAUUAUUAGGUGAGACUGGUAUUGGGAAAUCAACUUUUUUAAAUAAUUUAUGUCUACAACAUGUUGAUUUGAAUGAGACUAACAAUACUACUACUACCAAAUAUGAUGCUUCCACUUAUAAAGAUGAUUUUAUUUAUGAGAUUGAUAAUGAAUCUCCUAUGAAAUUGAUUACUAAGACUAUACAAAUUAAAGAAGAUGAACAAAACGAUAAUGGUGGCGUUCCAAUCAUUAGUUUGAAAAUUAAUCUUUUUCAAGGAUUUGGUGAUAAGAUUAAUAAUUUGUUGGGUUUCGAGGAUAUUAGAAAGUUCUUGAUUUCAAAAUUUGAUAACUAUCUUAAAGAGGAAAUUCAAAUUAAAAGAAAUUUUAAUAAAUUAGAGAAGAUUGAUGAAAGGGUUCAUGUUUGUAUUUAUUUUAUUAAACCAACUUCUAAAGGGUUGAAAGAAUUUGACAUUAAAAUGAUGAAAAAUAUACACGAUAUUGUUAAUAUUAUCCCUGUUAUUGCUAAAUCUGAUCUUUUAACAGUUAAAGAAUUAGAAUUAAACAAAAAUUUAAUUAUGAAAGAUAUUCAAGAAAAUCAUAUUGAAAUAUUCGAUUUUAAAGAUGAUAAACUGGAUGACAUAUUAUUAUUUCUUCAAGGAAAAGAAAAUAAGAAGAAAAGUGAAUAUGCCGAAGAUAAAAUUAAAGACCUACUACCCUUUAAUUUAGUUUGUAGUGAAGAAAGACAUGUAGGUCAAGAUGAUGGGAAACUUUAUCAUGUUAGAGAUCACGGUUGGAGUAAAUUAAUUAUCGAGGAUAAAACCACGUCAGAUUUUAUAUUCUUAAAGAGUAUUAUAUUAGGGUCACAUCUACAAGAAUUUAAAGAUAUUACCAAUGAUCUACUGUAUGAAAAUUACAGGACUAAAAAACUAUCAGAAAAUGAGAUUUUGCACUUGAAAGGGAAAAUACAAAGUGAUUAUAGCCCAAGGUCACGUUCCAGAUCACAAACUACUUUGUUCGAUGGGACUAUCCAAAAUGAUGAACUUAUUUUUGAACUAGAAGAGAAAAAUAUAAUAAUUGAAGCAUACCAAAGAAAGAUUGAUAAGUUACAAAACAAGCUUGUCAGCUCCACAAAAAGUACUCUAUCACCUACUAGUCCAUAG